UAUGCAUUUCCCACGUCAUCACAACAAUUUAUUACAAUUAACUUCGUUUUCUUAGUUUGACAAUUUUGUUGUUAAUUGACAUCUGAUACUACUAUACCACAUAGUAGUCUCAAUUGACACAGAGCAGUUGACAUGGUGUAAUGUGUGUAACACUAUGAUGUCAUAGUUGUGGAUCUUAAACUUUAAUUAUGAUAGGAACUAUUAGAUGUGACAAUAUUUGAGUGUUCUUGUUGACAUGAACAGAGACAUUAAUGACACAAUCACAUCAUCAGAGACAACACAUUGGGAAACCACAUCAGAUCAGGAUUUGCUGCCAUUGGAACCUGAUCAGGAAAUCAAAUUAAAAGGUCAAACGUGUAAAGAAAAUGGAGGCAUUAGUAAAGAUAAUGACAAAAUAAAAUUAAUUACUAGAAAUGGAGGCCAGGAGGUCAAACCUUUACAGUGUGACCAAAACCAGGACCAUGGUUUGACAGAAUUAAUAAAUGAUGAACAGAUAAUAAGUAAAAAUUAUAAACAAAAUGUAAAUAAUGCUGAGGGAACAAUUUGCAGUAAGCCUGUCCUUCAACAGGCAGACUACAGCACUGAUGUCCAUGACACAAUAAAUGGAAUUUAUGUACAACUGGCAGACAACAGCACUAACAUCCAACAGACAGGUAACAGCACUAAUGAACAACAGUCAGGAAACAACACUAGUGUCCAACAGGCUUAUAAAAGCACUGAUGUGCAUCAGGAAAUAACUGGAAUUGAUGUCCAACUGGCAGGUACCAUUACUGAUGUCAAACAGGCAGAUACCAACACUGAUGUUCAACAGGCAGAUACCAACACUGAUGCUCAACUGGCAAUAACUGGAAUUGAUGUCCAACCGGCAGAUAAAAGCAAUGAUGUCAAACAGGAAGAUAGCAGCACUUAUGUCAAAGAGGCAGAUAAAAGCAUUGAUGUCCCACAGGCAGAUAACAGCACUGAUGUCAAACUGGAAGAUAACAGCACUUAUGUCAAAGAGGCAGAUAACAGCAAUGAUGUCCAACCGGCAGAUAACAACACUGAUGUCAAACUGGAAGAUAACAGUACUUAUGUCAAAGAGGCAGAUAAAAGCAUUGAUGUCCGACAGAAAGAUAACAGCACUGAUUUCAAACUGGAAGAUAACAGCACUUAUGUCAAAGAGGCAGAUAAAAGCAUUGAUUUCCGACAGAAAGAUAACAACACUGAUGUCAAACUGGAAGAUAACAGCACUUAUGUCAAAGAGGCAGAUAAAAGCAUUGAUGUCCGACAGAAAGAUAACAGCACUGAUGUCAAACUGGAAGAUAACAGUACUGAUGUCAAAGAGGCAGAUAAUAGCACUGAUGUCAAACUGGAAGAUAACAACACUGAUGUCAAACUGGAAGAUAACAGUACUGAUGUCAAACUGGAAGAUAACAGCACUGAUGUCAAAGAGGCAGAUAACAGCACUGAUGUCCCACAGGCAGAUAACAAAAGUGAUGUCAAACAGGAAAUUAAAAGCGCUGAUGGCAAAGAGGCAAAUAAGAGCACUGAUGCCAAGGAGACAAUAACUGGAACUGAUGUCCAACAAGCACUUAUCAGCACUGACCUCCAAAAGGCAGAUACCUGCACUGAUGUCAAAGAGGAAGAUAACAGUAAUGAUGUCAAACAGGCAGAUAACAGUCAUGAUUUUCAACAGGCAAUAACUGGAAUUGAUGUUAAACAGGCAGGUAACAGCACUUGUGUCCAACAGACAGGUAACAUCACUAAUGUCCAACAAAUAGGUAACAGCUCUAAUGUUCAACAGCCAGAGAGCAGCCCUUAUGUUCAUCAGCCAGAAACCAACACUGAUGUCCAACAGGCAAAUAAACAAGCAGGUAAUAUUCAACAACAAUCAUGUCAAAAUCAAAACAUUCAACAACAACAAAAUGAUGGCAAAGACCAUCAACUAAAACCAAUUAUCAACAUUGCUACUAAAUUAAGUUACAACCAACAGGAACCAAGUAAUGUCAUUGACAUCCAGGAACAAUUGGUCAAUGAUAACAGCAUUCAACAACAACUGAUUGCCAACUCUUAUAUCCAACCACAACAUAGUGACAUCAGUUAUACUACACAACCAAUUGGAAACAGUAAUGCCAAACAACAACCAAUUGACAAUGAUGACAUUCUGGAACAAUCAAGUUACACCAAUAACGCCAUACUUCAAUCAAUUGACCCACUGGACACCCAUCAACAUGCAGGGGACAAAAGUAACAGCCAACAACUACCAAAUGAUAAAAAUGACACAAAACAACAAUCAAAUGAUAAAAAUUGCACCCCACAACAACCAAAAGAUGAAAGUAUUGCCAAGCAACAGCCAAGUGAGCAACCAUGGGAUACUAAGAACAACCAACAACAGUGCCAUACCAGUGGACAUCCAUGUGAUAUUGAGAACAAUAAAGCCUCCCAACAACAGUUACUUACAAGCAAACAACCAUGUGAUGACCAGAACAUCAAAACAGAGUCCCAUAUCAGUGAGCAAACAUGUGAAGCUCAGAAAAAAACCCAACAAUGCCAUACCAGUGAACAACCAUGUGAUACUAAGUGCAAUAAAACCCAGUGCCAUACCAGAGUGCAACCCUGUGAUAUUGAGAACAACAAAACCCAGUCCAAUACCAGUAAGCAACCAUUUGAUCCCCAAAACAACCUACAACAGUGCCAUACCACUAAACAAUCAUUUAAUGUAAAGACCAACCAACAACAAUGGCAUAUGACUGAGCAACCAAGUAAUUCCAAGAACAACAAAGCUCAGUGCCAUACUCUAGAGCAACCAUCUGAUUCUAAGAAUAACCAACAUCAGUGUAUUGCAAUAGAGGAACAAAGAGAAACAAAGGACAACCAACAAUUAAGUAAAAUCAGUGAGCCAGAAAGUUGCAGGAAGGUCAAUGAAUCAUUAAGUCAAACCAGUGAUACAAAGGACACCCAACAAUUAAGUCAAAUCAGUGAGCCAGAAAGUGACAGGAAGAACAACCAACUACAAUGUUAUCCCAAGAUACAACUGAAUGACAGCAAGGAUAGCAUGGACCUAAUUCCUUCGACUGAAAAACACAGCACACUUUUAGGUAAACCAAAUACCAAGGUGAAGGACAACUUAAAGUCAGUGGAACAACAAAUGGGGGAUCCAAAUCAAAGAUAUUUCAAGGUAAUCGAAAAUUAUUAUAAUGGUGGUCAAGAGCUACCUAUUGAUCUAUCAAAUCCAAAUAAAAAGUCCAACAAUCACGAUGGAAUUCUGUUAGCUCCUAAACAAGUAAAAAAGCAAGGUGAAAACGUGGUUUCCCCACAACAUUGUCAUUCCAGUAAUCCUGAUGGCAGGAUGCAACAAUCUAAGGAUCAGCACAGUAUGAAGAAUAUGAUUCACCAAUCUACAAUGAAAGAUUGUAUACAGUCAACUAUCAUUCAUAAUAGUAAAAAAGGUGAAAAUCUUCUACACAGUCCCAAGAGAAAACCUCGUAGAAAAAGACAAAAAAAUUGUGAUAUCUUAGACAUGCAGGAGCUUUAUAAGACCUACCAACAGGAAGAUACCACUGACUUCCAUUUACAAGGCAAUGAUGUACAAUAUCUUCAUUCAAUCAAUGAACAAUUUGGAAAAAUACAAGAAAACCAACCACAGAAAACUUCAGUUGCAGAUUAUCAUGUGAUGAGACAAUUAAGUCAUCCAACUAAACAGGAAGUUGUAAUGGAUACUGAAUAUGGCGGAAGCAGUAGUCAGCAGAGGGACAGUAAUUCAGAGAAUAAACUUCCAUUACCGGUAGUUACAUAUCAACGUCAACAAAGUGAAAAUUCAGAAAAUAGUCUUCACAUCAUCAUGGAUCAGAGUACUGGUAAUGAACGAAGUGAAAGUACAAGUUCAGAACAUGAACUUCAGAUUGCAACAGAUCAUACUGAUAUUGAAAAGCUAGCUGUCAAACUAGAGAUUGAUGAACAGGUCACAUGUGAAUCUGAGACAGAACUUCCGACCAAUCAACAAAGUGAACAUGGCACAGAGAAUACAACUCAGGAUGACAUUAGUCACAAAGAGAAUAAAAGUAUUUUAUUUGUUUGUAACACCUGUUUGAGAGAAAAGAUGACCACAGCUACCUUUCCAAAUGGUCAAACACUAGCUAGGCAUGCCAUUCUAGAACACCAUCCUCUACCUAACUUGACCGGACCAUAUUUCCAGUUCACCUGUCACACUGAACACUUCAACUACUAUUGCAUUCCAGUUGUACAGGAAAAACUUUAUCCAUGUAAGUUUGGGAACUGUACUGAGACAUUCACAUGUGCCCGUCUGCUUAGAAACCAUGUGACUGACCAUCAUACCAAGAAACAACUGGUAUUUGAAUACAAGAAAUGUCAGUACAGACAUUGUGAAAGAUUAUUUGCUAGCCAGGAGGCCAGAAAACAACAUGUUAAAGAAUUUCAUAUAGAUCACAGUAUAAAAAGAGAGGAUGGUUAUGGUGCUUUGUGGAUUAUAAAGAGCUCACCAAACGAGAAGAUUGGGGACAAACAAGGGAUGCACAAUAAUGAACGUAUCCAUGAAAAUAGUUUUCAGGAAAUCAGGAACUUCUUUGUAGAAGUUUAUGAGGUCACAAGAAUAAUCGUCUCAUCUGGUGAUUAUUUUGUAUCGUUUUGUGAGAAUUGUGCGUUCUAUAAUGCUCCAAGAGAUUUCGACAAACAUAAAUACGGGAAACUGUGCAAAGAUGAGAAACAGUGUGAUGUUUCUUAUGUAUGUCGUGAAAUCAAAAAUGCAUAUGGAGAUUUUAUCGUUGAUAUCAACAAUGUUAAAAGUCGAAUGUUGAAUAGCGGAGUUUUAUUUCAUGAUUUUCAUUUUGGGUGUUGUAUAUUUAUUGAUGAUGUUGAAACUCGAUCAGAGAUCAAGGAAGACGAGGGUGAAAAAUCUAUGGAUUCUGAAAGGGAUAUUCCUGUAUUAAAAAGGAUUAAAUCAACAAGUGAUGUAUUGCAAAAAUCAAUGGAUUCUGAAUCUGAUAUUCCUAUAUUAGAAAAGAUUAAACCAACAAAUGAUGCAUUGCAAAAAUCAAUAACUGAAAAUAUUAAACAAACAAGAAAUGAAUUACAAAAAUCAAUAUCUGAAAAUAUUAAACCAAAAGAUGUUGAAGCUGACAUAGGAGAUUUGGUGUUUUUGUAUGGUAAACCAAAUCCCAACUACUCACCAGCCUGUCCAGAAAAUGUAGAAGAUAAUUUAGAGAGUCCAGAAGGAGAGAUAAUUUACCAUGAAGACAAUGAUCUAGAUGAUUAUGCUGUUUUAAGUUGUGAUGCGUUUCCAAGUGAGUUAAACACUUCAGCAGAACCAACUGAAGACGAAAUAGACAGAAAGGAUGUCAUAAAAGUUGAAAGUUAUUGGGAAGAAUUUGGUGAUGAUUCUAUAAAAAGAAGCUUAAACAUUUCCACAGAGGAUCAAACAAUUGAAAGAACUAUGAAGUCAGAACCUAUUAAUGAAGAAAUGGUUCUGACUGAAAAUGUGAAACAGGAAAUAGACAAAAACGGAAAAACUAAAACCGGUAAAAUUGGGUCAGCAAAGUCUUCAAAGAAGUUGAACAUGAAAAAAACAUCCCAAACCGAGGGAAAAAAGGUUCAUACUUGGAAAGAAGAGGAAAUAGGGAGCUGUAUUUCAAUACCAGAUUCGCACUUGGUGACAAGUGACUUCUUAUCUGAAAUUUCAGAAAAUUUCAUUGACAGUGGUUUGAAUGUUGUAGAAGAUAGAAACAGUAAGAUUCAGAGGUCAUCUGAUGUAAUCUGUGAUACACUGGAAGGUGGAUCUACCAGUAUAAAAAAAGAUCCAAAGUCUCAAAAGAGUUUUAACAAAGAUUCCAAGUCUCAAAAGCGUUUUAACAAAGAUUCCAAGUCUCAAAAAUGUCUAAUUGAAGAUUCCAAAUCUCAAAUAUGUUUGAACAUUCCUAGUAGUAGUAGUAAUAGUGCCUUGAAAAGGAGUUUUAGUGUACCUCUGGUUAACCACUUCUUCAAACAAAAUGUACCUCUGGAUGAAAAAUUUGUCAAACAAAGUGUACCUCCGGCUAACAAAGUCUUCAAACAAAGUGUUCCUCCAGCUGACAAAUCUGUCAAACAAAGAGAGAAAAAGCAAAAAAUAAAUGAUAAACAAAGUAAAUCCCCUCCCAAAUGCUCAAGUAGUAGUGAACAGAAAAGAGGAAAAGAGGAAAAGAAAGAAACUUUCAGUAAAAAGCCAUAUGGUCCAUUGCCUAAUAUUGAAGGAAAUAAAACCAAUAAAAAAUUCAAAAACACUAGCAAUUCUUUAUAUGAAGAUGGUUUUGACUUAAAAGUGGAUAACAGUGGAAGAAAACAGUCCCAAAGUUUGUUUUUAGAUGAAACAAAAAAGAGUCAUUUCGAAAAUCCAAUUCAUGACACAGAUGAUGAUGAUGAUUAUGAUGAUGAUAUUAUAGAACUGGAUAUUGGUAGCACUAACAAGAACCAUGUCAAACUUGACAGAAGUCAAAGUGAAAACGAUAUCAGUAAAAAUGUACAUCAUGAUAUAAUAGAAAUAGAUGUAGAUCCCCAAAACUCUCAUAGCACAAAUGUAUAUAACGAUGAUAUUAUUGUGAUAGAUACCGGUGAGAAUCUCAAAGACAAGCAUAAUAUAGAAGGUCAUUCCAAGGACAUUCCAGUGAAUCUACAUAAUAAGAAAAGAUACUCUGAUGACAUAAUAGAUUUAGAUAUUGAUGACGAUAAUGAAAAGUCAGAUAAUGGAAGUAGAAUUUCACAUAAUACCUCAAAACUCAAUAAUGUAAAAACUGAAAGUACAAAAACACUAAAGUCACAUGACAAAGUGAUAUCAAUUGAUAGUGAUGAUGAUGUUCGAUCACAUGACAAAGUGAUACCAAUUGAUAAUGAUGAUCAUGUCCUGUCACAUGAUCUUUAUACUAAUGAUAAAAAACAAGUAAAAGAUGAAAUCUUCGAUGAUUCUGACGAUACAGAUGAUUAUACUCAUGUAGAGCACAGUGAAGUGUCGCAUUCAGAUUUUAAAACAAAAAAGUUUUCCUCUAUAAAAGUUAAGGAGAAAAAUUGGAAAGCGUCUGACAAAACUGAUUUUCCUCAAAAUAGAACAUUACUGGACAGCAACAGAAAACUGGGUGAAAAAAGCAAUGUUAAAAUUGAUCAUGCCAAGAAAAAAACUCAACCUUUUCAACUGAAAAGAAAAUUUUGUGAAUGGAAAUUUCCCAAGAAAACUAAUCUUUUAACUUCAAAAGUAAAAAAAGAAACAAAUUCUGUGAUCGAAUCAGAUUCUAUGCAGAAUGUCUGUGAUAAUGUCAAAUCUGACGCAUUCCAAAAACUUGUCUCACAGGGUGAAAGUCCAGUGAAUGAAGAAGGUACUGUUAAUGAAACUGGAUCUGAAAUAAAACCUGAAAGAGAGAAAUGGAUUGUAGAAGGACAUGAAAUUAAGGAUUGUAAAAUUAAAGUUUUUAAAUUAGAUGACAGCGAUGUAGAUUAUAUUUGUCAUGAAUUAAAAUCAGGACAUAAAACAAAUUAUGCAAAUUACCUUGACUCUAUGCAGAAAUUGGAUGCACGUAAUUAUGAUCAACUAAUGAAUGGAUGUUUAAAAUUAAAUAUGAAGCCUAGAAGAUUAAAAAGGAUCGUAGAAAUCUGUAAGAAAUUAUUUGAGAUGAAUAAAUAUUUUCAUGAUAAUCCUCAUAAGAGAACAGAAAGGACAAGAAAAAGAAAAUCAAACUCAUUCAUGCCAAAUGGAGAGUUAAAGAAGAGAAAAAGUGAUAAUAAUAUAUUGGAGUUUGUUGAUCUUGAUUGGAUAAUGGAUUCUGAUGAUUCAGUGUCAAUAUCUGAGGACGAUGAGGAUGAAGACACAGACUUUGAUGAUUUAGAUUUUACAGAUAAUGACUUAUUUUGCCCAGAGCCUGGAUGUACAAAGCGAUUUGCCAGUUCUGUGACUCUUGAACAUCAUAUAGCCAGGAAACAUGACGAUGAAUCAUACGAAGAAAGAAAGUUCUGUCCUGUUGAAAACUGUGAGAGGAGUUACUCAAACAAACAUAACUUAAUGACACACAUUAAAAAGGACCAUGGAGAAGUUAUAUACAAUGAAAUAAGAUCAGAAUUAUAUAGCAUGAAACCUGAACCUGAAUUGGCGAUGAUUCGACCAGCUGGAACCUGUUUAAUGCCAACAGUUUGGCGAAAUCCUCAACCUUUAAUACCUACACAUGUGAAAGAGAAAAUAUCUAAGACUUCAGCUACGGAGCCUCCUAAAAAUGUCAAGGAAGUGCAGGACAUUAAAAAUAUUUUAUCAGAUUUUACUCAAAAUGGACGAGGGUCUUCUUACUCUAUUUUAUCAAAUAAAUAAUAUAUAUAUUUCUAAA